AUGUUCCUACCGUCCGAGACCCCCAGAGCUAUCCUCUCCUCCCUAUUCUCAAGCCACAACGGGAGCCAUGAGCGGGCCCUAGAAGCCGAGCUUGACACAGACCUUCCCCACACUUUCACUGUCAUGCUCACGCAGAUGAUCACAACAUGCAUUUCCCGCCGGAAGAUCCGUGAGGAAAGACGUGAGGAAAGACUUCCGACGUUCCGGCCUCAUGUGCUCAGACUCCGAGGAAAUGUUAUUCCAAAGUCAAUUCUUCGUCUUCUGGCAGCCACCCUCCUCACCGCUACCAACGAUAACCAGAUCAACCCAUAG